UGGUAAGCCGAACCGGGCCGGAUGGCGUGGCGUUAUCCGGCUUAUUUUGACCAUGGCUGCCGAGUUCCUCAUCUCGUUGCCCAUCCCUUCUGCUUUUCGUCCUGCGAGGGCGGCGGCGGAGGAAGGGACGCGAUGGAGUCGCUUUUGCUCUCCAAGGCGCCGAGCUGCUUCUCUCGCUUCUCAAUUCGGCCGAGGAAUCACGGUCGCCUCCCUGCGCGGAAGGAGCGGGAGGUGCGGAUGGGGACUUGCGUGAAUGCUCAAGGAGUCGCUAGGUGUUCGAUGGAUGCCGCUCUCGGCGGAGUCGAUGGCGGCGGCUAUGAUUUGCGAAGCAUUCCGAAAUUUCCUCGAAUGAAAGUCUGGGAUCCUUAUCAACGCCUUGGUGUAACGCGCGAUGCUUCAGAAGAAGAAAUCCUAGAGGCUCGAAAUUUCCUAGCAAAUCAAUAUGCUGGUCAUGAGGGCAGUGUUGAGUCUAUUGAGGCUGCUUAUGAGAGGAUACUUAUGGCUAGUUUUUGGAAGCGUAAGAAGUCAAAGAUCAAUCUGAAAAGCAGGUUAAAAAAGCAAGUAGAAGAAUCACCCCCAUGGAUAAAAAGAUUACUUGACUAUGUUGAAGUACCUGCAACUGAUGUGAUCCUUCGAAGACUGUUCCUCUUCACUUUCAUGGGUGCAUGGAGCAUAAUGAAUUCAGUCGAGACUGGACCAGCAUUUCAAGUUGCACUCUCACUUUUGUCUUGCAUCUAUUUCCUAAAUGAGAAGAUGAAGAGUGUGGUGAGAGCUUCGAUAACUGGAUUUGCAGCUCUGGUGAUUGGCUGGACAGUUGGUUCCAUUGUGGUUCCUGUGAUUCCAUCAGUUCUUCUUCAGCCAACAUGGACACUUGAACUCCUGACCUCAUUGAUUUCCUAUAUUUUCUUAUUCUUAGCAUGUACUUUCCUCAAAUGAGUGUGCUAUUUUUUAUUAGAAUAGAUGUUAUUGUCAUAGCAUGUAAUUGUGGUAUAACAAUUAACUAUCAUCCAAAUGCUUAUUUAUUUAUUUAUUUUUGUUUGUGUUUUUCAUCCUUCAAAUAACUUUUGUUUCCAGCUUGAGAAUUGAAAAAGAUGCCUAAACCUUUCUGGAUUGGUUUGAUUA